ACACCUUUUGCAAGCCCGGAUCAAAACAGCUGUGGCACCUACUAAAACUUCUUUGUCUAAGCUUGAGCUCUUACCCACGUACCGUCCCAAAGAGAGCGUCUGAUAAUCAUGAGAGGCCAUUAUGCAGAAUUUCUACUCGUACUUGGGCUCCUAUGUAUCAUCGGAACCACAAAUAUUUGUUUUGGUUUGAAUUUGAGUAAUUCAGAGCUCAGAUGCAUAGAGGAAGAAAGACAAGCACUUCUUGAAUUUAAGCAAGGCGUUCAAGAUGAUUACCAUGUGCUGUCUUCUUGGGGCAGCCAUGAAGAAUGUUGCAAAUGGAGAGGAAUUCAAUGCAGCAAUCGGACAGGUCAUGUUGUCAAGCUUGAUCUCCGGCAAAACACUUUCUUUGGAACCUUCGAGUUUCUAUCAGGUGAGAUAAGCUCUUCAAUACUUGGAUUGCAACAUUUGGCUUAUCUGGACUUAAGCUCCAAUAAUUUUCCCAUCCUCCCAGAGUUCAUUGGUUCACUCACUGAAUUACAAUAUCUCAAUCUCUCUUUCAACUCCAUUUCUGGAACCAUUCCAUGGCAGCUUGGUAAUCUCUCAAGGUUGGUUUCUCUUGAUCUCAGCUGGAACUAUAACGACAGGGUUCUUGAGGACCCCAAUCUUGAUUGGCUCUAUAAUCUCUCCUCUUUAAGACACUUACGUAUGAGCCAUGUGAACCUUAGCAAGGUAGUCAAUUGGCCGGAUAAGGUGAAUAUGCUCCCUUCUUUACUAGACUUGCGCCUGAGUGAUUGCGAGCUCUCGAUGCCCUUUGAUCCUCUUGUGCCUUCCAGUAUUGCUAAUUCUUCUUCACCACUUUCAUUCAUUGAUCUCUCUUACAAUCAUCUCAACUCCUCUGUAUUCCCUUGGCUAUACAGAUAUAACAGUAGCCUUGUCUUUCUUGACCUCUCUUAUAACAAGUUAGAAGGUUCAAUUCCAGAAGCUUUUGGGAAUUAUAUGGUAGCUCUUGCUCAUCUUGUCCUCUCUUCCAACAACCUUAAUGGGGUGAUACCACAAACUUUGAAGAAUCUUCACAGCUUACAAGUAUUAAAGUUAUCAAACAAUAGUAUAAGUGGAGAGGUUCCUGAUCUUUCAAAACUCUCUUUCUUGAGUGAGUUGCAUUUGUCCAACAAUCGGUUAAAUGGGAGUUUAGCCAAUAGCAUUGGAAAAUUUUAUAAGCUCCAGAUUCUUGAUUUGUCCUCAAAUUCUCUCGAAGGUGUCAUCACUGAAGUACAUUUGUCGAAUUUUUUUACCCUACGCCAAUUGGACUUAUCUUCUAAUUCUCUUUCUUUGAAGUUUAGUCCAGCCUGGGUUCCACCAUUUCAUCUGGAUACCAUAAGCUUGGGGUCUUGCAAAUUGGGGCCAGCUUUUCCUGAAUGGCUCCAAACACAGAAGAAUUUUUCUCGACUCGAUAUGUCUGGUGUAGGAAUUACAGACACCAUUCCCAAUUGGUUUUGGGACCUUUCUUCCAAUAUAAUGAUCUUAAAUCUCUCUCGCAAUCACAUCACUGGCACCAUACCACUUCAAUGGUUUUCAACAAGGUUUAUUGGUUAUCCUCAAAUAGAUUUGAGUUAUAACCGCUUCAGUGGUCCAUUGCCACAUUUUAAUUCCGAUUCAGUCGUGUUGAAUCUCUCCAACAACCUGUUCCAAGGAUCUAUUACAUCCAUAUGUGAGACAAAUGGGUCUGUGAAUGCCAAUUAUACACAUUUGAGUUUUCUUGAUCUUUCAGAUAACUUGUUAUCCGAAGAACUCCCUAACUGUUGGGGAAAUAUGAAUUUUCUAACCAUAUUUAAUUUGGCAAACAAUAAUCUCUCUGGGAGAAUCCCUGAUUCUAUUUGUGCAUCUACGGGAUAUGGGCUUCAGACGUUGCAUUUGCAGAACAACAAUUUCAUCGGAGAACUACCCAAAUCAUUGAUAACUUGCUCUUCAUUAAAGGUACUAGAUCUUGGAGAAAACAGACUCUCUGGAAGGAUACCAACACAGAUAGGCACAAGCCUACCACAUUUGAUUGUUCUUCGCCUGCCAUCAAACUUGUUCGUGGGUCGCAUACCAAUGCAAUUAUGUCAUCUAACAUCUCUUCAAAUUUUAGACCUUUCUCACAACAGUAUUACAGGGAUUAUACCAAAGUGCCUCAGUAACUUCACUGUCAUGGCUGAAACAUAAAGUUCAUCUGUAAGCAUUCUUCAAACAUAUGUUUCUUCUCCCUCUGGGGCCAACUUUUAUUUCACUUCCACCUACAUUGACAAUUUAUUUGUGACUUUCAAAGAAAAAAAUGUCAAGUAUAACAAAACUCUUGGACUAGUAAAAGUCAUCGAUCUUUCGAGCAACAAAUUGAAAGGAGAAAUUCCACGAGAAAUAACAAGUCUCUCAGGAUUAAUUGGCUUGAACCUAUCUAGAAACUUGUUGACUGGUAUCAUUCCUUGGAACAUUGGUGACAUGGAGAGAUUGGAGUCUUUGGACUUGACAAAAAAUCAACUUUCAGGCAUAAUUCCCCCAAGCCUGACUACUAUGAGCUUUCUAAGCUACUUGAAUUUGUCAAGCAACAACUUAUCAGGUAGAAUCCCAUCAGGUACCCAACUUCAAAGCUUUGAUGCUUCUGCAUAUGCAAGUAAUCGAGAUCUUUGUGGCUUGCCUCUUCCGAAAAAGUGUUUGGGAGAUGAAGCAGCUCAAGAUCCUCAAACUGGUGACAAAUAUGGAGAAGGCAAUAUUCAAGAACAUGAAAACUCCCACGAACAUCUAUGGCUUUAUGCUAGCAUUGCACUUGGAUUCAUAGUUGGGUUUUGGGGUGUUUGUGGAUCGUUGAUAUUGAAGAGUUCUUGGAGGCAUGCCUAUUUCGGGUAUCUAGAGAGAGUUGGAGAUUGGCUCUGCAUAACAAAAGCUGUCAGCAUGGCCAAGUUACUGGAAACUUGGAGACUCUGUGCUACCAAGAAAAUAUUUAGUCCAGAUUUCAACUGAAGGCAACGGCGAAAAACACUUAAUUAACGUACGUGGACGUACGGAAUAUUUGUCUUUGCACGAAGAAGAUCUCGAUCUAUCUAAUGGCCGGUUUUCUUUUAUGUUACUUUGAAUUAUGUUUAUAAUAUUUGUAACAUCAUUAUUCGCGUUGUCUUCGAUCUAUAUCACAAACUCUACACAUGCAGAUCAUGUCUACUAUGAAAUUUGUUAAUGUUUAAGUGCAUGUUGUCAUCUUGGACUAUUUGUACGAUUAUUGGCCGUACGUGUGGCUUCUCUUUCUCUGAAGCAUUUAAUCACAUGCAUUGUUGAAUCAAAU